GCCUGCUCAGAGCAUCCUCGGUCGCCAAGCGCGCCUUUUGCACGGCGAGGGCGGAGGCGAGUGGUCCUGCGGAGAGGAUGGCAGGGAAGAUAGGCGCGGCAUUGUCCUGAGGUGGAGGAGGAGGAGGAGAGGCCAUCAUAUAGGACGAACAGCCCAGGUCUCUUUCCCAGAGGAGCUUGGGGCUGAGGGUGGCACAGCUGCGCCAUCCACGGCACUAGGAGGAGGCUAAACGAACGAGCCCUUUUCCUGUCAGAAAAAUCCUGUCAGGGUCGCUGAGGGAAAGAGGAGCAGCCCUCACAUUUUUUUUAAAGAACCCCCCCUCCCGCUUUUCGUGUGAAGCGAGAAUCGCUUACGAAGGAGCAGGAGGGAAAGGAGCACAGGACCCGGAGAUAACGCUUCCAAUUCCCUUGUUGGACUGUGACAUUUUGCAUUUUUAAAACACACACAAUACCUUCCUGGGUGUUUGUUUAGUUAUUCCUGCUGACUGAAGGGUCAAGAGUCUUAAAAUACAUGUCCUGGCAGAAACCAGCAGAUGGCUGAACAAAUUUAAAUGAAUGAUGCCAUUUCUAGGGACACGGCGAUAGGUGGAGCAGCAAAUCCACUAUGUUUUCCUGCCUGGUGCCUAAGCUGAGGAACUGCUUUUUGUGACCACAGAGGUUUUGUAUUAAAUUUCUUGGCAUUUUUCUUUUUUACCUUUUUGGAUUUGUAGUACAGUUUUUUAAUUCUCCUCCUUUGAUUUGAAAUGAGGAUCUUUGUAAUUUCAUAACGCAAUUUGUACCGGGUGUGUGUAGCCCUGUUCAAGGAACUUUAUUCAGAAUCAAGCUUGAAAAGGGGGGAAUCCAGCUUUGAUUGUGAGAGAGCACACCCUUCCUCCACAAUGUGGACUUUUCUGGGCAUUGCCUCUUUCAUCUAUGUCUAUAAGAAAUGUGGAGAUUUGCUGAAUUAUGCCAACAAGGAGGUCCUGAUUUCCAUGCUGGUGUUCUCUCUUGGUUUGCUGCUGUCCUAUCGGUACCGGACAUGGGGACUAAAGCAACAGAAGCACAGGCAAACCCAUUGUGGAAUGCUCUCUAAUUUUCUUGCUACUGUGCCUGUCCUUGGUUUUUUCUGGACUAAAUUCCACGCAGGCUCUCCAAAGGUGUUGAAACCGAAAUCCAAAGAGGAUAGAAGGGAAGUUGGUACCUCACCUGAGAGGACAAUUGAGACAAGUACGGGUUCAACUCUUGCCCCUCCAUGUGAUCCAGAAGUUAUCAUUGUGGGAUCCGGUGUGCUUGGCUCUGCUUUGGCAGCAGUACUGGCAAGGGAUGGAAGAAAAGUGACAGUAAUUGAGAGGGAUCUGAAGGAACCUGACAGGAUAGUUGGAGAAUUGCUGCAACCAGGGGGCUAUAAUGCUCUGAAAGACCUGGGCUUGGAAGAGGCUGUGGAAGGGAUUGAUGCCCACACAAUAAACGGCUAUGUAGUUCAUGACCUAGAAAGCAAAUCAGAAGUUGAAAUUCCUUACCCUGCUGUAACAGAUGGCCAGAUACAGAGUGGAAGAGCAUUCCAUCAUGGGCGUUUCAUCAUGGGUCUCCGAAGGACAGCCAUGGCAGAACCCAAUACAAAAUUCAUUGAAGGAACAGUGACACAGCUGCUUGAAGAAGAUGAAUGUGUUGUUGGAAUUUUGUACAAAGAUAAAGAAACUGGUGUUACAAAGGAGCUCCGUGCACCCCUUACUGUUAUUGCUGAUGGUCUCUUUUCCAAGUUUAGGAAAAAACUUAUCUCCAACAAAGUUAGAGUUCCAUCUCAUUUUGUGGGGUUAAUUUUGAAAAAUUCACCUCAGUUUAAAGCCAACCAUGCUGAACUUGUUCUGGGGAAUCCUAGUCCAGUACUUAUCUACCAGAUUUCUUCCAAUGAAACCCGAGUCCUUGUUGACAUUCGAGGUGAAAUGCCAAAGAACCUUAAAGAAUACAUGGUUGAACAGAUUUAUCCACAACUACCUGUGCACAUACAGGAGCCUUUCCUAAUAGCUGUGCAGAAUGAUCACUUGAGGACCAUGCCAGCAAGCUUUCUGGCUCCAUCCCCUGUAAACAAAUCAGGAGUCCUCCUUCUGGGUGAUGCUUACAACAUGAGGCACCCUCUAACAGGUGGAGGAAUGAGUGUUGUUCUGAAUGACAUCAAGAUAUGGAGACACCUGCUGCAGGCCAUUCCAGACCUGCAUGAGGAUUCGGCUAUUCUGGAGGCAAAGAAGUCCUUUUACUGGACAAGAAGAAAGUCCCAUUCCUUUGUCGUGAACGUCCUUGCUCAGGCACUUUAUGAAUUAUUUGCUGGAACAGAUGUUUCUCUGCGUCAGUUAAGGCAAGCCUGUUUCCUUUAUUUCAAGCUUGGUGGAGAGUGCGUAUCCGGCCCAGUUGGAUUACUGUCUGUCUUAUCGCCCAAGCCUGUUGUCCUGAUUGGCCACUUCUUUGCUGUUGCCCUCUACGCCGUGUAUUUCUGCUUCAAGUCCGAGUCCUGGAUCACCAAGCCGCGAGCGAUUUUCAGCAGCGUUGCUGUGCUGUACCGGGCUUGCUCCGUCAUAUUUCCACUCAUAUACUCUGAAAUAAAGUACCUCACCUAUUAAAUUCGAAAAGACAAAUCCGCAGGAAAAAGGAACACAGUAGACUCCCUUCUCUCCUCUCGCCCUCCAUUUUUGCGAAUGUGGGAUUAUUCUGUCCCUAAAAAGCAGACUUUUACUCUCUUUUUCAAGAAAAGGACCAAGCCUUGUUUUGUGUUUUUUGUAGAGAGAGGGCCAGCCUCUGGAUCUAAGAUCUUCCUAUAAGAGGGAUCCUAAGUGUGUAUAAUCCCAUGAACCAAGAAGGUAACAUUUCAGUAACGAUCAGCCCAAUCUAUGGGGAGGGAGAGGUAAUUCCUACUGCUGUUUCUGGGCGUAGCUCUUCAGAGCCAAGGGAGUGCAAAUAACCACCUCUGAUCUGCCUGUUGAGCUUCCCAUCCCUCUGGCUGCUGGGGCCAUGGCUAAAUGCUACACAAAACUCUGUAGCACAUGCGAUCCUGCCAAUAUAGGAGACAAGAUAGCCAGGAAUCAUUGUUCUCACUGAGGAGGUAAAUCUGUGCCUUGGCUGCAUCACUUUAGACUGGCGAUCAAAAAUGGAAUGACCAAAUGCUCUUCUACACAACCCUUCUUUGAAAAUAAGCAAAUAAAUUGCCCUGCACAUAGAAAACUAGCACAUCAGGGUGUGAGCUAGGCUAGAUUCAUGGAUGCAUUUCUUUUUAAAACAAUAUGAAGGAACAAUGAAUCAAUCGCGUUGAACCCUCACCUGCAGCCCAGGCCCAGGUUUGCUUCCUUGGGAGCUGGUUCAUUCUUGGCUUUUGAUUCAUACAAUGAAUACUGUGUAGUGCUAGCUCUGGCAGCCUCGCUGGUACUACUGCUGGCUCCUAAGGGUUUCUCGUGCCAGAAUUAUACAAAUCUGAAUAAUUUAGUUAUUAGUCACACAGACAUGAAUAUGUGCGUGUAUGUAUGUAAAAAUAAGAAACUCACAUACAAAAAAAUAUGUAAGUUUGAUUUCCUUAUACGGAUGACGAUUCUAAAAGAUGUUUCCAGGGACCACUAUAAAAAUGUUCAGGACAGAAGCUAAAAUGCUGAUUCCAGCAGAAGAUAGUUGAUGGAUUCUUGAGCAUGCCCUAUUAAUGUUAAUUAAAAGCUAAUGAAGCAAGGGGUAGUUCAAACAGUUAACUUUCUCUUUUUGCUGCUAAUGUUAUCUGUACCUUUGACAUUUUCUAUCUUUUAUGUGAAAUGUCCCUCUAUGAUGAGAUAAAAUCCUAAUGUGUUUUAUUCA